UACAAAGUGUAGGCUACUGCUUAUGUAGGCUAAGUAAAGGUGGACAGUUCAUCAUUUGAACCGGACAGGUUCCCUCUCAGGUAGACGCCAUGUAAACAAAACAUCAUCAAGAGUGACGUGGACGGGAAUUCUCAGAUAGUCACGAUGCUUAUUACGUCACUCUAUUUAACUCCGCGGCUUCUAACUAUACUUCACAGAAGUGCGUUCGUCGCAGUCAGACGCAGUCAGCAGCCGCCGCUCGUGAAUUCAUACGAGGAAGUUACACACUUUUGAAACCCCGGAACGUAUCAGUUCUCUACGAUCUGAGAUGGCGAAGAAAGAGCAAGCCGCUGUUGUCGAGUGCGCGCAGGAGCUGCGCAGAGUCGGAGAUCUGCUCAACUGGAAAUACAGGUUGCUGGAGCUCAUUAUAAAACUCCGGAAACUACAGACGGACGGGAAAAGCUGAAAAAGACAGCUUUUUGGGCAGGAAUCCGUGGAUACUGAACCAACGUGGACCCAACAUCUGAAGAGGGUUCAUAACCGAAGACGAGAUG